AUGAAACACAUCCUUGGCUCCGCGUGCCAAAAUCUGCACUGGCGAGGACAGAGAGUUUUUCCCUUCGCAUUACGUGGACAGCGCACUCUUACAUCGAGUUUCACCGACGAUCACGUUGCCGUGCUUACAACAGGCGAACACCAGCCUCCCAUCGCCAUGAACUGCCAGCGCUUGAAAGAUUUGGUAGAGGAUGCUCGGAGCCGGCCCACGCGACGACAUCAAAAGUUUGGGUUGUCGAAAUCUGCAAAGGGCUACCAGUACAGAUCGACUUUGCGUGGCUGGAGUACUAUAGUGGCAGCCGCGGCAUGUCGAAGAGACCGUGAGAAGGGCAGGCAAUCCAACAUAGACAUGCACCACCUGCUUGACCUCGUGCUUGAGCAGGGAGGUCUGUGUGCAUAUUCCGGCAUACCCAUGGAGCUACUGAAACCUAACUCGCAUUGGCGAGCUUCAAUCGAGAGAAUCGACACCAAUCAAGGAUACCGUAGAGGGAACUGCUGUCUGAUUGCGGCUGAGUUUAACUCGGCUGUUCACAACGCCUCUCAUGAAGCUGGCACUUCUUCCGGGUCUGCGCAGUGGUCGAAACAGAAAGUCGGGGAGGUUGCACGCAUCCGGACGGAGGAUAUGCCGCCACAGCUGCUGCAGGAAGCCAUCGCUGUUGCAAAACUCCGUCCCGGUUCAGGUGGGAAACCCGCAUUCGCAGGAGAUCGAGGACCGGAUGCAGAGCGUAAGUGGAGAUGUACACGCUGCGAGCUCUGGAAGCAUGAGGAGCAGUUUUACAAGCAAGCCUCGAGAAUUAAUGUUGUGAAACCCCUGGCCUGGUGCAAGCAAUGCUACCUGGACUCGCAGUCCAUUAGGCGAAAGACCCUGCGUGGUCAUGGGAUGCAUCUUCUCUCUGUGGCACGCCAUAGAGCUGCUGCAAAAGCAGCCGCUUGGCAUGGCACCUUCAAGCUUGACUGGGACGAUCUUCUUCAGAUGCUAUGGCUCCAAGGAGGGCGCUGCUACUACUCAGGCGUUCCUUUGUGUUGUGCAGCUGGUCCUGCUGAUUGGGUCUGGUCGAUCGAGCGCUUGGACAACUCCGUAACAUAUACCAGAGAGAAUUGCGUGCUGAUUGCGCAAGAGUUUCAGACAUCUGACUACAGUCGCAACAGUGCGAAGUAUCCAGUUUUUGGCACGGCUCAGUGGUCACGCAGCAAGGCCAGCCACAUAUGGGGACCUUAUGUGCUAAAAAAUACUGUUAACUAA